AUGGCAUCCCUUGACUUCACACCACAAUACAAAGAUGAUGAGGUGUACUCCCUCGCUGGCAAAGCGUUGAAGUUCGAUACUCACAAGGACAUUGAGCCUUACCUCAAGGAACUCGAUGAGUUGAAGAACGUCAAGAAGAUCGACUUCUCAGGCAACACCAUUGGUAUUGAUGCUUCAAAGCAUCUUGCUGACUCAUUGAAACUACACAAGGAUACCCUGGAGGAGGUGAACUUCUCUGAUUUGUUCACUGGUCGAUUGAACACUGAGAUUCCACAAUCGUUGGACUAUUUGCUCCCGGCUUUGCUCGAUGCUCCAAAGUUGCACAUCAUCAACUUGAGUGACAAUGCCUUUGGUCUACAAACCAUUGAGCCUGUUGAAAGAUUCCUACCAAAGGCUGUGUAUCUGGAGCACUUGAUCCUCUCCAAUAACGGUAUGGGUCCAUUUGCCGGUGAACGUAUCGGUAAAUGUCUGUACAAGCUGAGUCUCAACAAGAAGAAGUUGGCACUACCUUCGUUGAAGACUUUUAUCUGCGGGAGAAACAGAUUGGAGAACGGCUCAACCACUUAUUUGUCCAUUGGUUUGAAAGCACAUGCUGACUUGCAAGUUGUGAAGUUGUACCAGAACGGUAUCAGACCUCAAGGUAUUGCUAGAUUGAUUACCCAAGGUUUGAAGCAUAACUCACAAUUGACCAUCAUCGACUUGCAAGACAACACCAUCACAAAGAGAUCUGCAAAGAUCUUGGCUGACCACUUGUCAUCUUGGAAGAACUUGAAAGAGUUGAACGUUAACGACUGUUUGUUGAACCCAUUGGGCUCGCUUGAGUUGGCCAAGGCAUUGAAAGGUGGUGACGUCCUUGAGAACUUCAAGGUGUUGAAAUUGCAGUACAACGAGCUGGACCAAGAGGCGUUGGAGCUGUUGAAAGAUGCCAUCUCCGAUAAAUUGCCAAACUUGGAACUUUUGGAGUUGAACGGUAACAGAUUUGAAGAGGAGAAUAACGUUAUCGAUGAAAUCAACGCCAUCUUUGAAGACAGAGGCGUUGGUGAACUCGAUGAACUUGACGACUUGGAAGAACUCGACAGUGAUGAAGAUGAAACAGACAGUGAAAAGGAAGAAUCCGAGGAGGAGAUUGAAGCUGAAAUCUUGGAGAAGGAGCUUGAACAAGAACAAGAGGUUUACACUCCUGACAACAAUGACAAGGAUGUCACUAAACUCGCGGAGGAAUUGGAGAAGGCUACGAUAUAA